UGGGCAUAGAGGCCUCUGCUGGGAGGUAGCCGAAGAUUGGCAAGUAGUGUGGCACAGUACAGAAGUUGACGUGCCCAAAUUUAUACUAUCUAUGGGACCCCAGGCAAAAGCACUUUUUAACUUCUCUGGACCUCAAGUUCCUCAUAGUAAGAACUAGAUGAUCUCUGAGGUCCCUGCCAGCUCUGAACCUUGGUCUUGUGAGGUCCACUUUCUGUACAAAGGCUAAUGGAGUCAGGGAUCAUCCUUACGCUAAACUCUGUCCAGAGCUUACUUCUUCAAAGGCUAUAGUAGAAAACUUUCAAUUUCCACUUCCCUGAAAACCAGGCAGAAUUUGGUCUGGGCCACUGACAUGGUUAUUUUGUGUUAAAAUAAAGGAUCUCAAAGGUGGGGCUUUCUUCCCACAUCCCUUCUCACCUUCAGGAGCCAGCCUUCAAUGGAGUAGGAGAGGUGUUUAAGGAAUGAUCUCAGGUGUGCAUUCCUUCAUUCACCUGUCAGGCAGGAUGCCUUUUGCUGACUGAUGUUCCAUUCCCUGACAUAUGGACCCAGGCUUAUGGACUCAGACUGUCUGGGUCCCUCGGGCCUUGCUGGCUGAUUGGGCUUUGGGAUUGCCAAAGUGGGUGAGGGAGAGCAAAGUGAUGUGCUGAGUCAGCGUGACUCGCUAAGAACAGCCACUCUCUGAUGCUGCCAAGUUAUUUUUAAAGCUCCUGGCUUCCUUCUAGGCUGGCCCCUCCCCGAUCUCUUUCCUCCUAAUCUCUACCUCCACUUCUCUUGUUUUCUCUUUGAUCUGUCUUCUCUCACUCCUUCUAUACCCAUCUAACCUUCCUGGCCCCAGCCCCGAUUCCCAAAGGGGAGGAGCAGAGGACCAGCACAACUUUAGAGGAACCAAACUGAGAUCUGCUGUGGUGUGGGGACUAUCUCAGGCUUAGGUGUUUUGGAAACUGGACUAGGAGUGAUAGUAAGGAAGUAGCCCCAGCCAGUUUGAAGAAUAGGAAACUGUGAGAGCAACUGUCGUGGCUCCCAGGUUAUGACGACCCCCAGUAAAGGAAAUAAGGCCUUGAAGGUGAAGAGGGAGCCAGGUGAGAAUGGCACCAGCCUGACAGAUGAGGAGCUGGUGACAAUGUCUGUACGAGAGCUGAACCAGCACCUUCGGGGCCUAUCAAAGGAGGAGAUCAUUCAGCUGAAGCAGCGUCGGCGCACACUUAAAAACCGAGGCUAUGCUGCUAGCUGUAGAGUGAAGAGGGUCACCCAGAAGGAAGAGCUGGAGAAACAAAAGGCAGAGCUGCAGCAGGAGGUGGAGAAGCUAGCCUCGGAGAAUGCCAGCAUGAAGCUGGAGCUGGACGCCCUCCGCUCCAAGUAUGAGGCACUACAGAACUUUGCGAGGACGGUGGCUCGAAGCCCCGUGACUCCAGCCCGGGGCCCCAUCACUGCCAGCAUGGGGCCCCUUGUCCCUGGCAAAGUGGCCGCCACCAGUGUCAUCACAAUAGUGAAGUCGAAAACGGACGCCCGGUCGUAGUGACACAUGUGUGUAUGCUUCCCCGGCGGCGGCGGGUAUAUGUGGGGUGGUUAGGCACAAGGCAAUUUCAACAGCCCUGUUCCCACCUCUCUUCCUUCUUCUCUUCUCCCACCUCUUCCCUGCAAAGCACAACCUCCCACCCCGGGGGUGCCGGGCUGAGCCCCCUUUGAUUUCAUCAUUAUCGUCAUGUGUCUUGUGCGUUGGGAUUGGUCGGUGCGGCGGUGACAUGGGGUGGCCCCCUUCCUUCCUCUGGGUACCAAGGCCAUGUGGACAUGGAGUCCCAAUGUGCCCCUGCUGGCAUAGAGAGAGUGUGCUAGGACGCCUUUGUCUCUGGGGAGGGGAGGUUCCGGUUUGAGAGGAUGGGACCUGUCCCUUCUUGAGCCCCAGGUUGCCUCCCAGACCUCAGAUUGCUGUCCUCACUACCUCUAGUGUCGGGAGCUAGGAUCCACCUUGGGAAUUGUUCUGUCUGGAGUGGUUUGUUAUAGACAAACCCAAGUUGAAUAGCUCAGCAUUGUGGGGACAGACAGACCUUGUUCUGAUGGGGAAAGUGCAGAAUGUCCUAGUGAGACUGGUAGAGUGAAGUGGUGCUUCCCUGGUUGGUGAGGGAGGUGAUGGGAGGUCCUGGGGGGAGGAUGGGGUGUCAUAUGGUGGCUGUGAGUCAAUAGCCACGGCUUUUGUGCCUGACACGUUGCACUGAACAAGACCAAAAUCACUAGUUGUGAGCGUAUUUGAAGGGUGUGUACAGUGUGUCUUAGCAAUGGGUCCUGUGUCACUGUUUACACAACCUAUUUGUGUGGUUAAAUGGUCCUUUAUUUAAAAGAGAAAAGUUCCUUUGAAGAAGCUAUUAAAUUAUAUAAGUUUAAAGACUAAAGAAGAAAAAGCUGCAGAGUAUUUAUAAAACUGUCUUUUUAAAAACACAGAAUAGGAGGAGUAUUUGACCAUAGAAAUGGAAAAGGUUAAAAAAAAAGGAUCCUAGAAACUUUGUUAAUUUAAAAAAAGAGAGAGGAACUUGGGGAAAAAAAUCCUUUGUUGUAAAUCCUUUCUUUGGACAAUUCUCUGUGGCUGUUGGAGUUUAGUUUUUAUAAACACAGAGUUAUCAGACAUUAUUUAUAAAACUUAGUUUAAAAAAAAAAGAAAAAAAAAAGCCUAACCACAAAACC